GCGAACAAGCGAAACGCUAUGACGCGACGGUGAAAAAAAAAAAAGGAAAAAAAUGGAGUCGACAGACGAUUCUCCCCGCGCUCCGAACCCCGAGUGCGAGCCAGCGACGCCAUACCUGCCUGGUCGUAAUGUUCGUGUUCUAGAUGCCUUCCGCGUGAUCUUUAUUUUGGAUCUCUCUCAACACUGGUCGUGAGCAGUUUGGAACAUCCGGGAAGUGUGGUUGGCUCCGACUGAAAGGGGAAUGCGUUGUGUGAUUCCGGCGGUGUUGGUUUCGCUCCUUGUGUUCGUGCCGAGAUGUGUUUUCGCACGGAACGAUGACGAAGACCGUUGCAGCCGCACAGUGGACAUUUACCAGGGCGUCGAGAGUCCACCAGUGACGGAGCGAAACCGUGGUCGUCCUCUGACGUGCACUUACCGCAUCAGGGUUCGGCCUGCACGGGAAGACUGGGUGGUCUUCGUCCGAUUCACUAGACUCCGCGUUGGGAACCCAUCAGAAGACAGGCAGAGAUGCGAGGGCGGCUACGUCCAAAUCGUGGACGGUUACCGGGAGAGCAAUCACUCGAACCGAAACUCUCCAGGCUUCUACUGUGGCGAGAUCGACUCUCCGAAAACAUUUAUAUCUGAGACUCCCCAUGUGAAGAUAGUCUUUCACGCGGACAGUUAUGGAUAUGACACGUACAUGCACUUCGAUGCAACUGUCAAACAACAAGGAGAAGUUUCUUCCAGAUACGGCCAAUACUCUCAGCUUUACCCAAAUAGACGCGGUGUUCCCGUUCCCAACACAUACUGCCAUCGAACCUUCCGAGACUGUUCACCCGGUCGGUGCUUCGUGCAGUCGCCAGGAUAUCCGGGCAUCUACCCUCGGGGUCUUGCGUGCAAAUACCGGAUCAGCGUUCGUCAGAGCCUCGUUGGACUUGACUUGACCACCUUUGACGUAGAUGGGCUACGCUGUGACAACCUGCUCAUGUGCUUCCCACGUCCAGUUACCAAGGACUCAUUCCACUGUCCCUACGACUACGUCCGUAUUUACGACGGGCCAACCGAAGACUCGCCAGUCAUCGCGACACUCUGCGGUCGCGGAAGGCUCAAGUCCAACAUCGUCGCCACGGGAACACAGAUGCUCGUCGCCUUCACCACAUCACCCGCUGGUCCGCUUCUCAAUACCGGUUUCCAGUUCAAAGCAGACAGCGUAUUUGACACAGGAGACGGCGAACAUAUUCAACUGAACAACGGCAGUUGCGUCCUCGAAAGGACGUUGACUGGACCUGCCAUCUUUGCCAGCCCUCGUUCCUGGUACCCGGUGAACACGACCUGCUCGUACCGCUUCAAAGCACCACGAGGUGAAAUUGUUCGGAUCGAGUUUGUCUCCUUCAGAAUUGAGAGAGUGACUUUAUGCGAGGAAGCUGUGAGAAUUUAUGAUUCUUCAGAUCCAGAUCCCAAGUACAUCAUAACCAAGAUUUGCGAUACGAACAAACCACGGACUGAGCAACCGCGUGCUCUGUUCGAAUCCACGGGAUCACAUCUUCUCCUGGAGUUUACUAGCAAGACGGGAAGCCUAGACGGAUCAUCUGUCAGUUUCGCUUUCCAAGUUCGUCCUGUAAACGCUGCCAUCUACGACAAUAGGGUCAGUCCUUUAGUUUGCAACCGACGCUUUGCUGCAGACGAUUCUGGAACUCCUGCAAGAGGCUCUCUUUCAGUUCAUUUCGGGGAUCUGGCUGAGCAUUCUCACCCUGUAACAUGCAACUAUACAUUUGACGCUCGAUCGUGGCCACAUGGCCGCGUUCAUCUCACUAUUGCUUCAAUAUUCGAGACGAGAACAGACCACUGUGACCUCUGUCCCCGGGACAGUCCAGGUCGGAUUGAUGUGAUCGCAGAGACACGGUACGAACGAACAACUUGCCUCUGCAACGUAGGUCGGUAUCGAACACAUAGAAUAGUUUCAACGGGACCCGUCCUCCACGUGUCGUUAAACUUGAAGCCAACGCCAGAAUGGAAACGGAUAGCGGCUAUGGCUUUGAAAGACAAACUUCUUGGGAUAACAUUCGCCUUCUAUUCGGACACACGUUGUGGACCGCAAAGGUUGGAACUGGAUCUGCAAGGUUCACUCAGCUUUCCGUCUGCGAGGAUUCCGUUCCGGAGUGACAUUGAGGAAGGCCAGAGUGGUGGACCGUUGUACUGUCGUUGGCAGGCACCUGUUCUUUCCAAUCAUGACGUAUCAUUCAGGCUUCAGGGAUUCUACGCUACCAGUAACAAUUGUACGGCCAACUACAUCUUGGUAGACGAUGUGGUACUCUGCCCAAAUCCUCCCGUUAUUCACUCGGUUCUGCUGCAUAGAGAAAACAUCAUGAAUGCUCAGGUGCCCCUGGAAUUCCGAGCAUCCGACGCCUCUUCUACCAAUUUUUCCCUCUGGUGGACGCAGGUGAAGAUACUGCCCAAACCGUCUGCUCCAGACACGCUAGUGUCCCUAAGCAAGGACUGUGAGUUCCUAUGCGCGACAACUAUGGUGUGCAUCAGAAAAGAACUCGUAUGCAACGGUGUCCCAAACUGCCCACAGCGCGGUGACUCGCAACUUGCGGCCGCUGAUGAAGAUGUGAUCCACUGUUCGGCAGAGCGGGCAUCUGGACAGGCCUACUGGUGGAUCGUAGGUAGUGGUCUUGUUGCGUGUGCGUCUUUUAUCGUCUGCUUCGUGUUUUCGCUCUUAAGAAGAUGUCACCGCUACUGAAGGUGCAGUUGACACCCUUUGAAAAGACCACAAAAUCAUGGUAUUCUAACACUGUCUUCUCGAUAAAGAGGCACACCAGGUUGUUAUAUUGAAAGCGCACUUGGAGGCAACUAUCUGUCUUGCUUGGUUUUCAAGCAAUUUCUGAGUAUUUUCUUGCUCUUUUUUUUUUAAAUGUAGCAUCAGAUAAUAUUUCAUUUCAUUUUCUUUCUCUCUUCCGUUGAGGACCCACGCUCAUUUCCACCGCGUGACUUAUCUAAUUGCCAUCACAACACUGCACAUCAGCCGACUCGUGCCUUUCGAGAUCAGUGCAUGUCUUUCAAUAGACACGUCGAUUGGAUAGAAUAAUUUCGCUUCGCAGGUCGUCUGUGAAGAAAUUCCUCGUUUUACAUAAGCAUACAGGAAGAGCUACACGUGAACAGCGCCAACACGACCACUUUUGAAAGGUUCUUUUAAGAGCGUCCUGGCAUGGCGCCAAAUUUCAAUGUUUUGUGAUUCAGUUGAUGUUUUCUUCCCAAGUCAAGUUGAUCAGCUACGUGAGCCAAACAAAGCAAGGACUGUUUCUACCGCAGUUGAGGACAGGUUGCUGUUAGGCGGCAUCCAUUCCAAACGUGAUUUGUACAGGCAAAUUGAAUGUAGUAAUGACGUGACGUAUGUACGUGUUUGUGUACCUGACUUUAAUAUGGAUACGUAGUCGAUGUGAACUCCAUCAUGAACAAACAAGGCAUUGUAGAUAAAGAAUAUACGACAUUUACUCGGA